CCGACAUACUAUAUCACCCCCUGCACUGUUGCACUGGUAGCACUAGCGAGGUGACAAUGCAGCAACCCCAUUCUCGUUUCUCGGUGCUGUCAAACUCUUCCUUGUCUUCAGCGGACCUCCUGUCCCCAACAGGCUCGUCGCGUUUCUCCCUCCCGUCUGCCCCGUCGAUCAAUGCAACCCUCGGCCAGACUCGACAGCGUCCCAACAUUUAUGACAGAAACCUCAACAAGACCCGAUCAUCAGAGGUAUCGGCUUCGGCAUUCGCGUUCCUUUUCUCAGAGAUCGUUCAGUACACUCAGAAACGCGUCAGCGGCAUAAACGAUCUCGAGAGGCGGCUAAACAUAUUGGGCUACCGCGUCGGAAUGCGCGUCCUAGAGCUCAUGACAUGGCGCACUGAAUCAUCGUCCAAGGCUCCCAAACGAGAAAUUCGCUUCCUCCCGGCUCUGAUGUCCAUCCAUACUCAAGUCUGGAGAGCAGUAUUCGGAAGACCGGCGGACGCCAUCGAAAAGAGCGUGGAAAACGAAGAUGAAUGUCCGUUUCCCCCUUACUUCGCGGUCGGUCGUUGAGCUUUUAUCUGGCACAGACAUGAUUAUCGACAACGAUCCCCUCCCCGAACGACACAUAUCGGUACCAAGAGACAUGAGCCAGCUCAGUUGUUCGUCCUUCACAGCGGGUAUUGUUGAAGCUGUUCUAGAUGGACUGGGGUUUGUAAGUCACACACGCACUUUCGCUCAGGCUAUGCUGCUGAGGGCAACGUUAGCCCGCACGCGUAACCGCCCAUAACACUCCCACUCAGCAGUACCCAUCGCGAACGACCAUCCUUAUUAAACUAGAAAAGUCUGUAUUAGAACGAGAAGAGAUUGUAAAGUGAUGUACGCUGGU